GAGUUCGAGUACGAGUCGUGUACGGUUGUUAUUUUUAAUUCGGAACCUAUUGGUUAUUGUGCGCAUGCGUCUCUCAUCCAAUUUGUAAACGUGAAAAAUCCUUUUGCCAUACUACUACACUCACACAUAUACAUGCUCGCCUAGCUAAUUAAUGCUAAGGCGCUAGCAACAAAAUAUAACGGCAAAAAACAUCUUCGCGCGCACACACACAUACAAGCAAGCUGACAUAAAAUACUUGGAAAAAUAACUAGAAUUUAGAAGGAAAUAAAAUUUGCUGCCUGUGAUUCGUUUACGUUACUUUUUGUUUUAUUUUUUUUGUAAAUUGUGAGUGAAUAUUUUGCAAUAGGAGAAGGCGCUUGGAAAAUUCGAAAUUAAAAUUCGAAUUGGAAGUGAAGGGUGUAACACAGACAUACACAGCAGUAGCGGCAGCGCACACACACAAACACACACACGCAUAGCAUAGGCGUAGUGUUGCAAAAACAUAAAACACCGGCAAAUAAAAAAACGGAUUGCAAUUAGAAAAGCGGCAAGCAACAGCAUAUAAAACAUAAUAGAACGUGCGCGUGACCCAUCAACGCAAAAAGGACAAAAAGCUAUACAUUUUGAAAAGCAAAAAAUUUGAGGAAAAAAGCUACAACAACGGCAAAAUCAGUGACAACAAACACAAAGCCAGAAGAGCAAAAGGCUACAAGCAACAGCAACAACGUUGGCCACAGCAUCACAACUGCAACAAUCCAUUGGGUGCAGCAGCUGCAAAAACAAAGAAAGCUCAACAAGCGAAGACAGCCCAACCGACCGGGUUCUUCAGAUACAUAUAGGCGACACGUUAACCAGGGAUCCAUAAAGCCGUCACCAUUGCGCCCAAACCGAUAAGCACCAUGAACGGCCAGGGUUGUGAGCUGAAUCACACCAAUGGUGACAUCAUAUCACAGAACCAACAGAAGGGCUGGUGGACCAUUGGUCUGAUCAAUGGCCAGCAUAAGUAUAUGACCGGCGAGACCUUCGGCUUCAAGUUGAAUGCAAAUGGCGCCAGUUUGAAAAAGAAACAAUUGUGGACCCUCGAGCCAUCCAACACCGGUGAAAGUAUUAUUUACUUACGAUCUCAUCUGAACAAGUACCUAUCGGUCGAUCAGUUUGGCAAUGUACUGUGCGAGAGCGAGGAACGGGAUGCGGGCAGCCGUUUCCAGAUCAGCAUCAGCGAGGAUGGAAGCGGUCGCUGGGCGCUAAAGAACGAGUCGCGUGGCUACUUUCUGGGGGGCACCCCCGACAAGCUCGUCUGCACGGCCAAGACGCCCGGGGCCAGUGAGUUCUGGACCGUUCAUUUGGCCGCUAGGCCGCAAGUGAAUCUGCGAUCGAUUGGACGCAAGCGCUUUGCCCAUUUGUCCGAAUCGCAGGACGAGAUUCAUGUGGAUGCGAACAUACCAUGGGGCGAGGACACUCUCUUCACCCUCGAGUUUCGUGCCGAGGAGGGCGGUCGCUAUGCGCUCCACACGUGCAACAAUAAAUAUUUGAAUGCCAAUGGCAAACUUCAGGUGGUGUGCAAUGAUGAUUGUUUGUUCAGUGCCGAAUAUCAUGGAGGACAUUUGGCCCUGCGCGAUCGUCAGGGUCAGUAUUUGUCGCCAAUUGGCUCAAAGGCUGUGCUUAAGUCGCGCUCCUCGACGGUGACACGCGACGAGCUCUUCUCGCUCGAGGAUUCUCUGCCUCAGGCCUCGUUCAUUGCGGGCCUCAAUUUGCGGUACGUGUCCGUGAAGCAGGGCGUCGAUGUCACCGCCAACCAGGACGAGGUGGGCGAGAACGAGACAUUCCAAUUGGAGUAUGAUUGGUCGGCGCAUCGCUGGGCCUUGCGCACCACACAGGACCGAUACUGGUGCUUGUCUGCCGGCGGUGGUAUUCAGGCCACUGGCAAUCGUCGUUGCGCCGAUGCACUCUUCGAACUCAUCUGGCAUGGCGACGGAUCGCUCUCGUUCCGUGCCAACAAUGGCAAGUUCUUGGCCACCAAACGCUCCGGUCAUCUCUUUGCUACCUCUGAGUCCAUUGAGGAGAUAACCAAGUUCUAUUUCUAUUUGAUCAAUAGGCCCAUCUUGGUGCUGAAGUGCGAGCAGGGAUUUGUUGGCUAUCGCACGCCUGGCAAUUUGAAACUGGAGUGUAACAAGGCCACCUAUGAGACCAUAUUGGUGGAACGCGCCCAGAAGGGGUUGGUACACCUCAAGGCGCACAGCGGCAAGUAUUGGCGCAUUGAUGGCGAGAGCAUUUCGGUGGAUGCCGAUGCGCCCAGCGAUGGUUUCUUCCUGGAGCUGCGCGAGCCCACCAGAAUUUGCAUAAGAUCGCAGCAGGGCAAGUAUUUGGGCGCCACCAAAAAUGGGGCCUUUAAAUUGCUCGACGAUGGCAGCGAUUCGGCCACACAAUGGGAAUUUUAAGCCAACUAUGCCAGUUGUACGUGGAACAACAAAAACAAUGACAACAAACACAACAACAACAACAGCAGCAGCAACAACAACAACAGCAGCAGCAGCAACAACAACAGCAACAACGCGUUCCGCACAAUUUCAAUCAAGAGAAGUUUUUUUUAAGUGUAUGCUGUGUGUCGACUGUGUCCAAAAACAAUGCUUGCUGUGCAAUGCAACAACAUCUGCAACUGCAACAACAACAACAACUGCAACAACAACAACAACUGCAUCUACAGAAGUCGCACAAAUUUAUCCUACAUACAAAAUUUAAGCGUGAACAGUGCAUAUAGUAUAUAUAUAAACAAAAGUUAUAUAUACAUAUUUAUAUAUACAUAAGAAGAGAGAGAUUUUUUAAACAAUCUAUUUAGCUUUUUAUACGUUUUUUACAACAACCAAAAACAACAACAACAACAACAGCAAUAAUAAUAAUAAAAACAAAACCAACAACAAUUGUUCACCACAAUGCAGCAGAGCAAACAAAAAUAUGUCCUUUCGAGUCCUUCCGUUUGCCUGCACGCUACUUGUGGGUGCUAAGAAUAAAUAUUGAAGAAGUAACAAUUUCCAUCAGUUGAAGAGCAACAAAAAAAAACAAAAAAAAAAAAAAACAAAAAGAUGAAAUUUAAAUGAAAUACAAAAAUAUAUCAGCUAUCAAGCACAUAAGGGAAAAGUAAUAACAAAACCAGAAACGAAAAAAAGAACAUACAUAUUUAUUAUAAUUACAUAAUAAUAAAACUAUAAUUAAAAAAGAAAUCAUGCAGAAAAUAUGUGUGCACACACGCAUGCAAAUACAUAUAAAUAUUUUAAACGCGAAAUUAAUGUGUAAUGCUUUUAAAAUUUAACGAAAAUAGAAAGGAACCGCAACAAAACAAAACGCAAACGGGCCACCGCGCUUCAUAAACGGGUGUUGCACGAACGUGUGGACAACACAAGGAGAACGAAGAAAGAAAAUGCGUAAAACGAAAACAACAACAGCAACAGCAACAACAAGACAUAUUCCUAUAAAUUUAUUUAUAUUUAUAUAUAUAUAUAUAUAUCUAUUAUAUAAACAUAUUGAUAUGAACAAUAAUAACAGAAGAUUAAACAAACUUGAUGAACGAACCGAACACGCAUGAACACAACAAUUCAAUUAUGCAACUUAUUGCUAGUUCUAAGGCGAAACUUUGGCACUUAUUUUAAACGCUGCAUCCAAUUUUUAUUAUUAAACAAUAUAAAAAAGAUUUAAAAAAUAAAUAAAAAACAACAACAACAUUAACAAAACACCAACAACAAACACUUUUGAGCAAAUGUAACGCCCAAUUUUUUAUAAAUAUAUAUAUUUACGAUAUAUAUACGAUAUAUAUACUAUAUAUAUAUAUACUAUAUAUGUACUAUAUAUGUACUAUAUGUAUGCUAUAUAUAUCGCAUUAACUAUUUAACGUAUUUUAAUAGUUUUUAAAGCUGUCAAUAUUGAAUUUUUUUAUAACUAUUUUUAUAUUUAUGCAUCAGUUUUGUUAUAUAUUUGGCCGUGCGUCAUCCACAUUAAUGCACCCCCCUUCGUCCCCUCGUCAAGCUCUACACUUUAAAAACAAUUGAACUUAGUCGCUAAUACUUAAAAAUUGUACGAAAUUAUGUUUGAUUACUUAUUAAAAGAAAAACAAUAAUUAUAAAAAUACAUAUAUGAAAUAUA